UUGAGCUGUAUCAAAAUGGCCCUUUCAGAUUUCUAUGCUUCUCAUUCUCACUACAAGACUAGGCUGGUUUUGAACGUUAGGGACUCCAAUCAAAACGUUGUAGGGGCAGCUGCUGCAGCUCUGGAUCUUAUAAAAAAUGCAGAAGUGCAAGCAAUAUUAGGGCCAGUGACAUCAAUGCAGGCAAACUUUGUUAUCAACCUGGGAGACCAAGCUCAUGUACCUAUUAUAUCAUUUUCGGCAACAAGCCCUUCUCUCACUUCUCUCCGGAGCUCCUACUUUUUCCGAUUUACACAAAAUGACUCAUCCCAAGUGAACGCCAUAAGUGCUAUUGUAAAAGGUUUUGGAUGGAGACAAGUUGUGCUUGUCUAUAUAGACAAUGAUUUUGGGGAGGGAGUCAUGUCACAUAUAACUGAUGCUCUACAAGAGGUUGAUGCUUUUGUCCCCUACCGGAGUGCCAUUUCCCCAUCAGCCACAGAUAAUCAAAUUCUUGAAGAACUGUACAAGUUGAUGACCAUGCAAACUAGAGUCUUCAUAGUCCACAUGACUUCUGAUCUAUCUUCUAGGCUGUUUGCCAAAGCUAAAGAGCUUGGAAUGAUGAGAGAAGGAUAUGCUUGGCUAACCACUAAUGAGAUACCAAACAGUUUAAAGUCGAUGAAAUCUUCAGUAAUCCAUUCGAUGCGUGGUUUACUGGGUGUACAAACUUACGUUCCAAUAACAAGUGAGCUCGAUGAAUUCAACAAAAGGUGGAAACAACAAUUUCAAAAAGAGAAUCCAGCCAUCAUUGAUGCUGAUUAUGAAGUUUUUGGAUUAUGGGCUUAUGAUGCUACAGUUGCACUAGCCAUGGCAGUUGAAGACGUUGGGAUUACAAACUCUGGCUUCAAAAACUCAAAUGCUUCCUUCAACUCAACAGAUCUUGAUACGCUUAAGGUAUCUCAAUAUGGUCCAAAACUUGCUCAAGCAUUGUCAAGUACUAGAUUCAACGGCAUAGCUGGAGACGUUAGCCUCAUUGAUGGGCAGCUUCAAUCAUCCACUUUUAAGAUAGUCAAUAUAAAUGGGGAUGUAGCAAGAGGAGUUGGAUUUUGGACAUUACAAAGUGGAAUCAAGAAAACAUUGGGUCAAUCCUCCGCAAACUGUUCAACAUUGAAUUGCAAUCUUGGCCCAAUUAUAUGGCCGGGAGAUUCCUUCUCUGUUCCCAAGGGAUGGGAGAUUCCGACAAAUGGCAAGAAGUUGAGAAUAGGAGUUCCAAUGAAGGAUGGCUUUACUGAGUUUGUUAAGGUAACCAAAGAUCCAAGUACCAACAGAACAGAUAUCACUGGGUUUAGUAUCGACGUGUUUAAGGCUGCGGUGGAAUUGUUACCAUAUGCUCUUCCUUAUGAGUUGAUUCCAUUUGCAAAGCCUGAUGGCACCAGUGCAGGCACUUACAAUGAUUUAGUCUAUCAAGUGUUUCUUGAGACAUUUGAUGCUGUGGUGGGGGAUACAACAAUCCGAGCAAAUAGGUCCUUGUAUGUGGACUUUUCAAUGCCGUAUACGGAAUCUGGUAUUGUGAUGGUUGUGCCAAUAGUAGACACUAGAAGUAAAAAUGCAUGGGCUUUCUUGAAACCUUUGACAUGGGACCUUUGGCUCACGAUUUCUUGUUUCUUGGUCUUUAUUGGUUUUGUGGUGUGGGUUCUUGAACAUCGAAUUAAUGACGAUUUUCGUGGCCCUCCCCUACAUCAGGUCGGCACCAGCAUCUGGUUCUCUUUCUCCACAAUGGUUUUUGCACAGAGGGAGAAAGUGGUUAGUAACUUGGCCAGAUUCGUGAUGAUAAUAUGGGUAUUUGUGAUGCUAAUCCUCACACAAAGUUACACGGCUAGUUUAGCAUCACUAUUAACUGUUCAACAACUCCACCCUAUUGUCACCGAUAUAAAGGAUCUGUUAAGGAACGGGGAUACCGUCGGAUAUGCAGAGAAUACAUACGUUUACAAUGUCUUGAGAGAAGUAGGUUUUGAUGAUUCAAAACUUAAGGAGUUUAAAUCUACAGAAGAUUUGGAUGCUCUUCUUUCGAAAGGAAGUGCAAAUGGUGGGAUUGCUGCUGCAAUUGAUGAAACACCCAACAUGAAGGUUUUUCUUGGAAAAUAUUGCUCCAAAUAUACAAUGAUUGGACCCAUCUUUAAAACGGAUGGAUUUGCCUUUGUCUUUCCAAAACGCUCCCCGCUUAUACCAGAUAUUUCGCAUGCAGUUCUAAGCGUGACCGAAGGAGAGAAGAUACUUGACUUUGAAAAUAAAUGGUUCAAGAAAGAUAGUAACUGUGAAGACUUGAGUGCCCCAAAAGUGUCUAGCUAUAGUCUUGGCCUUGAGAGCUUUUGGGGCCUAUUCCUCGUUGCCGGAGUGGCUUCAAUAAUUGCUCUUGUCAUUUUUUUUGCUUCAUUCACAUACAGGCAUAGACACAUCUUGGUGCACCCUGAUUCAAGAGCAUCGACAUGGGGAAGGAUUCGGGUCAUGUUCAAAAUUUUCAAUGAAAAAGACCUCGACUGUCAUACAUUCAAAAGUAGUCCACCACAUGAUUCAGUUAAGGCGUCACCAAACAACUUCCCAGAAAGUCCACUUAGCUAUAAUACAAACCAGACUGAUAGGAAUCUUGUGUUCUUUGGAGAGCAACAAACUCCAUCAACGGGUCAAGCGUCUCCUGAAGUAAAUUUUGAAGAGCUUUCUUUUGCAUUUCCAGAAGCCUAA